AUGAAUAAAAAAGACUACUAUGACGUUCUCGGUAUUGAUCGUAAGGCUUCCGAAAAAGAAAUUAAGUCAGCCUACCAUAAGUUAGCAGUGAAAUGGCAUCCCGAUAAAUGGGUAGGUAAGUCAGAAGCGGAGAAAAAGGUUGCUGAAGAAAAAAUGAAAGAAGUUAAUCAGGCUUAUGAAGUUUUAAGCAAUGCCGAAAAACGCCAAAAUUAUGACCAAUAUGGCAGCGCUGAGGGCUUCGCUCAAGGUCAUCCCAGAGGAGGAUUUGGUGGCCGCGAAGAAUCCUUUUUUGAGGACAUUUUCAAAACUUUUUUUGGUGGUGCCGGUGAUUAUUCCGAACAAAGAACUUAUGCCGAAGAUAAAACCCGACCCCAAGUUGGAAGUGAUAUUUUAAUUAGCGUUGUUUUGAGUUUCAAGGAAUCGGUAUUAGGAGUUAAAAAAAAAAUAGCUUUAGAAUUAGAAAAAGUUUGUAGCGAUUGUCAGCAGACGGGAGCUGCUUCCCCGAGUGAUAUUGUUGAGUGUCCGAAUUGUCAAGGACGUGGCGUAGUUAAUACCAUUCAAAGAACCGUUCUAGGAGCAAUUCGUACCCAAACUACCUGCACUCGUUGUCAAGGUGAAAAACAAAUAAUUAAAAAAAAAUGUCGCCAGUGUGGUGGCAGAAAGUUUAUUAGCCAAAAAGAAACCAUUGAACUUAAUAUUCCUCGUGGUAUUCAGCCAGAAAAAAAACUACGCUAUCAAGGAAUAGGAAAUGAAGACGAUGAUAUUCACGUCAAUUUGCCAAUUUCCUUUUUGGACGCAAUUUUGGGCAAUAAUGUUGAAGUAAUUACCUUAGAGGGGGUGGAAAGAAUUUCGGUGCCAGCAGGAACCCAAAAUGGCGAUUAUUUAAUCUUGCGAGGCCGCGGUUGCCAUUUGGGAAUUAAUAAGGUCAAAUUACCGAAAAAAAUUACCCCAGCCACUGAAGCAAUACUUCGUAAUAUUCAACGAGAAACUACCAAAACUAACCUUAGCGCAGAAGAAAAAAAAAAAAUAUGGGACGGAUUAUCCGAGUAUACCAAAAACAUUAUUAGAAAAGUAGAAGAGGUUUUGGACAAACUAGAUGGCGUGCGUUUUUCCGGCAACGAAGUUGUUCUUUAUGAGGAAAAGGAAAAUCUGGCUCAGAAAUACAGAUCAUUAAUAAGAAAAUUGCGGGAAGAAAAAGAGACUAUUUUGCGACAGGUAGAAAAAAAAAUAAUGAUUGUAACUCCACUGCGGCAAAAGGCUGUCAAAACAGGUUAUUGUUAUUUUUGUGAUAUCAGUAUUGCUGCUGACUUUCCUUACAAAUUAAAGGUCGAAGAACAGAAUACUCUUGGAAUUGAAAUUAGUGAAGGUGCUGCUUUUUGUUCACAAAGUUGUUUAUUAGGCUAUUGUAAAGAAUAUAAAAAUCGAGAAAAACUUCGUCAAGAGGAGGAAAAAAGAAAUAAAGAAAAAAUUGAAAAAGAUAGAAAAAUGGUGACCGAAAUUCAAGGACGAAUAUCCAACUUGACCGAAAGAAUAAACAGGUUAGAAAGAAGAGAAAGAGAGUUAAAAUUGUCGCCAGAUAACGACCAAGUGGAGCGGCCAGAAAAUAUUGGAUUCUUUCGUCGCCUUGGUCAAAGGCUAGGUCUAGCGAAAAAGCCUAAUCCCCUUUCUAAACUUGAAAGAUCUGUGGACGUACUCGUGGACUGUUUCGUCUUUACAAUGACUGGAUUUGUCGGAUUCAUCUUCGUCAGUACGUCUAUCAAGGACUUCUGCCAGGAUGGCGCAAAGUUACAAAAGAUUUCCAAACCUUCUCAACAUAUUCACUUAAAAGUUGAAGAGAUAAAAAAAAAUUGUCGUGGUCAUCGGGUCUAUUUUAUUUCGACUUCGGCUGGAUUGUUGACUCAUCGCGAAGCCUUAGCCCAAAAUCAAGGCGGCAAAGUAAAAGUUAUUUUAGGAAAGGGGGUAAUUUCGGCCGAAGGACCAUUAGGUAAAGGCAAAGAAUUGCUUAUCCCCCCCAAUUUAGAAAUUAUUCAGCAAGAAGAAAAAAUAACUACCAAGUCUGCCAAUUCUUCUCUAGCCGGUACUUAUAAUUCUUUGAUUUCUAAUAUGAUAAAAGGGGUGUUGGAAGGAUACGAAAAUGUUGUGGAAGUGAAGGGGGUUGGCUAUAAAGUGACUUUCAAAGAGGGAAGAUUAGAAUUUUCUUUGGGCAAAGCCCACCUUAGUUACGUGCCUAUUCCGACUGGAUUGGAAGUACAAGUUGCUGGUAAUAAAAUAACAAUCAAAGGAAUCGAUAAACAAGAAGUUACUAAAUUUGCUGCUAAUGAUAUUAGACCAUUACGAAAACCGAGCAUUUAUAAGAAGUCAAAAGGCAUUUAUUAUCUUGUUAAGGGUUCAAAACAAAGACCGCGAGUAGUUUUGAGUGAGUCCAGUCGCUAUUUGCGAGUCCAGGCUAUAGAUGACACAGUUGGUCAUACUUUGCUCUCCGCUUCAACUGAGAAUUUGGCCAAAGCAAAUGAUAAUUUUUCCCGUAAAAACAAAGAAUGUGCCAAGCAACUGGGAGAAAAUUUUGCUGAUAAAUUAAAGAAAGGCGGAGUAGAGAAAAUCGUUUUUGACCGUAAUGCUCGUCCUUAUCAUGGCAAAAUAGAAAAGAAAGAGGAAAAUUAUCAAGUUCUUGGAGUAGAAGUAAACAACUCUGAGGAAAAAAAGAUAAGUAGUGAAAAAAAAAAAAUAUUAGUUGAAGAAGAAAAAAAAAAUUUGGGUUUCAACCAUUCAGGUAGGGAAAGAAGAGAUGGAAGAAGACAACAACGUUCUCAUAUAAAAAGCGAGACGUUAAAAACCAAGAGAGUAGUAAAAGCAACCAAAGGCGGCAGAAGAUUUAGUUUUACUAGUUUGGUUUUGAUAAAGGAUGAAGAAAAAAAUGCGGUAGCCUUUGCCAAUUCUGGCGGAAAGGAAGUUAUUAUUGCUUUUCGUAAGUCUUUCAACAAAGCGCAAAAAAAAUUAAUAACCUAUUUCCCUUCUCCUGCUCGCACUAUUCCUCGGGAUAUAGUAGUGAGUUAUAAAGCCACCAAGAUUUUUUUAAAACCGACCCUGCCCGGCAGUGGUAUUAAAGCCAGCGAAACCCUCAGCAGAUUGUUUAAAUUCUUGGGAAUUAAAGAUAAAAAAAAAAUUGUUGGCCGUGGCAUUGGUUCCGGUCGGGGCAAAACUUGCGGUCGGGGAACUAAAGGACAAAAAUCACGUAAAAGUGGUCACACUCGUCCGGGAUUUGAGGGUGGACAAACCCAAGUCUAUCGGCGUUUCCCUAAACGUGGCUUUAAAACCAGUCCCUUAACUUAUCAGGUAAUCAAUUUAUCCAGAUUAGAAAAGGAUGAAAAAAUAGUUUCCGGGCAAGUAGUAGAUUUUUCUCAGGAAAAAGUACUUACUAAGAUAUUAGGAGAAGGCGAAUUAACCAAAAAUUUAACUAUUAAAGCUGCUUCUUUUUCCCAGCAAGCUCAGGAAAAAAUUAAAGGAGCUGGUGGUAGUUUUCAAAUAAUAGAAAAAAAGGAAAAAUAA